CCGGUUGGUACCUACCACGAUACGCAUUCACAGAAGUGCAUGCCGUGCAAAAGUGGUUCUUACCAGAGCGCCGAAGGUCAAACGUUUUGUAUCCGCUGUCCGCCGCACUUGAUCACGACCUACGAAGGAGCUCACAAGUUUGCCGACUGCAUCGAGAACUGCUUAGCCGGUAAUUAUUACGAUUAUAACCAUCGACGGUGCGAAUCGUGUGACGUUGGCUUCUACCAACCCAGUCGAGGAAGAACCAGUUGUUUCCCCUGUCCUGCCGGUACAAACACAUUAAAUCGUGGUUCCAAAAGUGCCAGCGACUGCACGUUGACAUGCGACGACGGUGAGGAGUUUGGACCUGACGGACACUGUGUCCGGUGCUCAAAAGGAAGCUAUAAAGCCGCUGGCGAGAUGAGCGCAUGCGUCUCCUGUCCGCUCGGAUUCAGCACCCCUUCAGACGGAGCCAAGGAUGUUUCGGAAUGCACCCUUCUGUACUGUCCUCCAGGGAAGUACGCGACAGCUUCGGUUUGUCAGCCGUGCGGUAUCGGCUUCUAUCAGAACCUUUACAACAGCAGCUAUUGUAAGCCAUGUCCACAAGGUAUGACAACUUCGAAAAUUGGAGCCAGCAGCGUCGAACAUUGCUACGGUAAGUUUAAGCUACAUAUGUCGAUGUUUCUGCAUAAUAGGGUACAAUACGUGUGUGCAUGGAUAACUGUUCUUCACGCCAGCCGUUUUGCCGACGCAUAG